AUGCCGCCUAUGAUGAAUCAGGGCCCAACCUUGGAAACAGGGAAUCCAAAAGUACCUUUUCAGAAUGAGCUUCCUGAACCUGAACAAGACAAUGGUGGCACCACAGAAUCUGUCAAAGAACAAGAAAUGAAGUGGACAGACUUAGCCUUACAGUACCUCCAUGAGAAUGUUCCCCCCAUUGGAAACUGACACUUGGCUCCUUUCUUGUGGAUGGAUUUUCUGAGAGCACACAGAUAAAGCAUGUUUUGUUUCAGUCUCCUAAAUCAAAUCUUUGAGUAAUAAUGGUAGCAAAGUGCGAUGUGAAAAUGUUCACCAGAAUGAGAAACUAAGAUUUCUCAGUAAUGGUGAAUAUCUGGCUCUUUAAACCUAAAACUCUUCAUUGAGUAGCUUGUAUUUGAACAAGACUGGUUAAACAUUUGCCUUUACCUCUGAUUUUGCUUUACUGUCAAAGUUUAACACCUUCCAACUACUUAUGUGUGUCCUGUAACACGGGAUUGAACGUAUGAGAGGGAAAGGCAAAGGAAAAAGGAAGCCAGACACUGGGAGAGUUACUGACUUCUCAUACUUCCCCACAUUGAGAAGCAUUCGGAGUGUAUUUAGUCUGUAGAUGUUGUGAUAUGCAAAUAUCCCAUUCCCUGGUUACUGGCAUUCCUAAGAUUCUUCAUGGUAUUUUCAAACUUUGGAUAAAUUUACAGAUUAGAAAGAUAUCUGACAGUUACCUCUGUUCUCCCGACAACUUCCUUUUGUGCUGCUGGAAAGGAUCUUUGGCUAGGUGGACCACUAGUUUUAUUCAGUAGUGGCAUUUCUUAUUUUCUCAAAGCCCUUUCAAUUAUAACCACCCCACUAUGGAAUCAGUAUUUAGUUACACAUUUGUAUAAGAACCUGUAUUUUGAAAAACACGUUUGUGUAUAUUUCCUGGAAUUAUUUGCCUGUAAAACAGUGUCUUUCAUGUGCUCUUCCCAGAUUGUAAACGCUGUAGGAAGCAGCCCUGGCUGCCUCUAUCUGUAUCCCUUGUUGAAACUCUGAAAACACUGAAUAACUAAAAUCUCUUCUCAUCCUUUU